AAAUUUACCGCUUAGAACAAUUCAAAAUGUAAACAAGUUGCACAACCGGCACAAAACCGAAGAAAUACUGUAGCUGGUGUUUAAAUUAUAAAAAAAAAUUCCUUGUAAUAAGUGAGUAUAAGGACAAAAUGCCAAAAUAUCCAAAAGGUAUCCUAGGUGUGAGGAAGGACCCAAAGAACCAGAUUCUGUUUUCAUUUAGUGCAAGACAAGGAGAUGAAUGGCCUUCAGAUGAUGAUGAGGAUUCAGAUUAUAAACCUGGGAAAGGCUCAGACUCGGACAAUGAGGGUGCAAGCACAAGCAAACAAUCACAGAAAAGAAAAAUAAAGCACACAAAGACAAAAAGAAGCACAAAGAAGAAAGUCAAACAGAACAAUGAUAAAUGUACAGACAAAAGAACAAGGCCAAACAACACGAGAGACCACGAUCAUCCAGCUUUCCACGGUGAAGUUCCCUCAUUACCAACAGAAAUUUGGGAGAAGAUCUUCAAGAUAAUAGUUCAAAAGGAUGGAGCAUUACCAUUUUUAGAAAGGGCUUCUAAAGUAUGCAAGCUAUGGAAAGAUAUAAGUGUACAGCCUCAUCUAUGGGAAAAAGUAGACAUGUCAUUUGGAUGGAUGAAUUUAAAUGAGACAGCUUUGAGGCAAUAUGUCAAGAGACUUUGGGCUG